GGAGUUGGGAAAACUCCGAGAAAGUUUAAAACUUGAAGUGCAUCUAUAUUUUGUCAACUGUACAGCGUUAGAAUAAACUGACAGCAUAUGAUAAGUAGGUGGCAUUAAUAAGGAACUAUUCUUAGCUACUGUGUCAAGGAAAGUUUUUCAGGAAACCGAGUAACAGUUCGCGAUAAACUUCUAGCCUUACUUCCUGGUUGUAGCUUGUCCGAGAAGGAAAUUACAGUGAUGGUUUGGGAAUACUCCUACUGAAAUGUCAAGAAGAACGCAGUUAGCGGAGGGGGACGUACAGGUGAAGAAGGGGAGGCUACAGAGUAAGAAAAAUAAGUAUCUGAUCGUCUGCCUUGGUGACGAGAAAGAUGCCAGUUACAUCGAGGCUUUUGAAAAUCGCAGCCAUUAUGAGAACCCCAGCCCUAAACACAAACCUAAACGCUACUCCCUGGAAAAUCUCAAGGAAGAAGACCUUGACAAAGUGGAGAGAAAUCAGGCCAAAGAAUUCCACAUCGAUAUUCCGUUUAAGAAAGAGAAAUUGUGUCUGAUGUUUGAUAAUCGCGAUAUCCUCUCCCAGUGGCACGACGCCAUCAUUCAGGCCAUUAAUAUGGAUUCUUACGAAGAGGAUGAGUUAAAGGAAAACUUUCUCUACGAAUCUGAGGACAGUGCACAAGUCUUUGAUGUUGUUGUGCAAGAAACAGAAGGCUCUAAAAGACUCAAUUUAAAUAAUUGUGGAAAAUAUAAACUAUUUGUUACCAUGGCCUCACUGGGUCUUGAAGAUACAAAGACAAGAGAAAUUAUGGGCAGGUGGCAUUUUGAGUAUAUUCGUCGCUACGGAUUUACAAAGUCUCGGAAUUUGUUUACGAUCGAAGCUGGACGAAGAUGUGAGACAGGAGAAGGAAGUUUUGAUUUCCAUGUUGUUGGAAAUCCUAAAGCACUGACACUAGCCAUUGACAAUGCCACAAAAAGUAAGCAAGCCUCAUCUCUGACAACAAGGCUUGGUAUGGAUUCCGGAAGCAAAGAAGUUGCAGAAAAGUCCAGAGAGUCGUUAAAAUCAGCAAAGAGGGCCUCUGAGCCACUGUCGAGGAAGUCAUCGAAUUCGUUGAAACUUGAAAUCACUAAAGACAGUCAGUCUGAGGACGAAACGCGAACACCUUCUACGCUACCAGCCGACUUCAAACACUCGCUGGAGGAAAAAAUCAGCAACCAUCCCUCAUCUCCCAAGCCUCAUAAAGAGGGCAGCGGCAAAGAGAAGAAGAGGGGUUUCUCAUUCCCCUGGAAGAGGGAUAAGAGUGAAAAGAAAGACAAUCCUAAAUUAGAAUGUAGUGAGCCUAAUGCAGAUUUAUAUGAUGAACCUCUAUCACCAAUAUCCAGUAAAGCUUCAGUGAAAAAUAAGAAAGCGGAACCAAUUUAUGAUGAAGCUGGUGAAAAUAAGACCCCCCCAGCACCCAGUGGCAAACCACCAGUUUAUGCAGAACCAGUCAAAGGUAGGACCGACGCUUGGCGUAACCAGGGAGCGUUGGACGAGCACCAUGAAGAAGAUUACAAGAAAAUCAAAGACGCUGCUUCCAAAGACGGAGGAAAAUUGCCUCACAUUGCAGAUAGACCGUACGAUGAGGACGACUCGAUGUACGACCGCGUGGACCUGAAAGCGAAUCCCAAGGGGCCCAAACCAAAAAAUGCAGUCGUUCCUAAUGAACACAUUUAUGGAAUUAAUUCUGGUAAAGACAUUGAUGACAUUGAGGAUGGUGACUACGCGAGUGCCGAAUAUCCUCAAGAUGAAAAAAAGCAGGUUAGAUCGUCAGAACCGGUUCAGAAUGACUACGAAUUUGAAAAUGAUGAUGACGACGAUACUUACGCAGAUACAAUGAAUCCAACGGAAGAAUACGCAGAUGCAGUGUCAUGUGUUCGUAGUGAGCCUCCGAAAAAUCGGCCAGAGUUGUACGAGGAUGUUGAUAACAGCUAAAUAAGCAAUAGAGAGAAAAUUUUGUUUUGUUUGUAAAAUUUAUUGCAUAUGCAAUCAUUAUGAAGUAUAUAUUAAAUAAGAUGGUGAAACUUAAAUAAA